AUGAUCAACAUAGUGAGCGCCUUCUUCCUUGCCGUGGGAAAUGGAGCUAGACUACCUGUGACCUGCUGGGAAACUCCGGACCCUCUCAGCGUCGAUAACCCUGGCGGCGAGAAUGCUACCUCGAACGCAACCUCCACCAUCGUGCACGAUGUCCUAAUCUACGGAGGUGGCGUAUCUGGCUCUCAUGCGGCCAGUCGGCUCCGGGAGAUGGGCAAAUCAGUCGUUGUGGUCGAGAUGGAAGGUCGGUUAGGCGGAGCUGCUCACGCCUUCCAUGAUCCUGUCAACAACAAGACCGCGAAUUAUGGUGUUCAAAUUCUAUGGAACACCACUGCAGUCAGAAAUCUGUACGCUCAUUAUAACAUUCCCCUGACAACGGUGGACAUCGCCGGCGGAGGUCGUCCCAAUAUUUAUGCAGAUUUCAGCAGUGGAGAACCUGUCCAACUGCACUUGUACUCUGGGACCGAGAUACAGGCCACCUUUGUAAGACUUUUCAAGCUCGAGACUCAAUACCCCUUUUUGAAGGACUCUUAUGAUCUGCCUCGGACGAUACCCCAGGAUUCGGACCUUCUGCUUUCAGUUGACGAGUUCGUGCAGAAGCACGAUCUUCAACCGUUGAUACAGCUGUUCAACCAAUUCCUCCAACAGUGGCCUGAAUUCCGGACUCUGCCCGCCUUAUACCUGUUGAAAUAUAUGAUCGGAGCCGCUGGCCCGGAUAUCCUAGGGAAAACCACAUGGGUGCACAAUGCCAACAACGAUAACGGAGAAGUCUUUCGUAGCAUUCAAACUGAACUUGGCACGGACGCACUACUGUCCAGCACGAUUCUUCGCACCGAGAGAAUGGCCGAGCAGAACGCUACCCGGGUUUGGGUCCAGACGCCAACCGGUGUUGUCGAGGUGCACGCGAAGAGGAUUCUUGUGACAGUUCCCCCGGUAAUGGAGAACAUGGGAGUCUUCGACCUCGACGCCCAAGAAGAGGAUGUAUUCCGAUCUUUCCGGCCCAUGAACGCCUGGACCGGGCUGGUGCGCAACUCGAAUAUCCCCGCCGACACCAGUAUCACGAAUGUGGGAGCCAACACUACAUUCCAAGAGAUCCAACUUCCAGGAUCACAGGGUUAUCAACCUACCCCAGAUCCCCUGCUCCAUAGCUGGGUGUACACUAGCUACGAUCCCGCGACCGAGCAAGAGACUCGACGACUUGUGUUAGCUGAGCUGGAGAGAUUGACGGGCAGUGGUGUGAUCGCAGCAGAAGACAUUACAAAUAACCUGGAGAUUGUGGCAAUCAAGCAUCACCACAAUUACGCUCUCACAGUAUUAAAAGAGCUAAUCGCGGGGGACUUCUACAGCAGACUGAAUGAUCUCCAAGGCCACCGCGGUACUGUGUACGGAGGCGCGGCAUUCACGACUCAAGGGACCGCGAAUGUGAUCCAGUACAAUGAGAAUCAUGUGCUGCCUAUGUUGGCAUCUGUAUGA